AUGAAAGGCAUGAAUCAAUAUUUUAAAAGUUAUGAAGAACUUGAUGUACAUCAAUUAAUGUUAAGCGAUGAAGCCAGAACUCUUGCUUAUAAAAACGCAAUAAUGAAUAGCAAACACAUGUUCAUUAACAAAGUUGUUAUGGAUGUUGGUACAGGGACAGGAAUAUUAUCAAUAUUUUGUGCACAAGCAGGUGCAAAAAAGGUUUAUGCAGUAGAAGCAAGUGAUUUAAUAAAACUUACUGAGCAAGUUAUAAUAGAAAACAAAUUAAAUAAUACCAUUACACUAAUCCAUAGCAAGGUAGAAGAUAUUGAUCCAAAUGAUAUAGAAAAAGUGGAUGUGAUAAUUUCAGAAUGGAUGGGAUUUUAUCUUGUGCAUGAAGGAAUGUUGAAUUCUGUUCUUUUUGCUAGGAAUAAUUUUUUAAAAGAAAAUGGCACGUUGUUUCCGUGCGUUGCUAAAUUAUAUGCAUCACCAUGUCAAUUACCAUCCAUGUACGAAUUUUGGAACAAUGCUUAUGGAGUCAGUAUGAAAUGUAUUGGAGAAGAAUACAGGAAAACAAGAUCAAUGAAACCUGAGAUACUACUUGUAAAUGAAAAAGAUCUUUUAGCUGGAGGUAAAUUGUUGGCCUGGUUGGAUCUACAAUGCAUCAGUUUGGAAGAGUUAGAUCAACUUGGGGGAGAAGAAUACGUUUCUGUCUGUAACAAAGAUGGAAGAUAUCAAGGGAUUUGUAUUUGGUUUGAUGUUGAAUUUCCAGAUGGAUCAGAAUUAUCUACAAGCCCUUUUUAUAAAGCUACUCACUGGAAACAAACUGCUAUUGUAUUACCUACAGAUAUAGAAGUAACAAAGGAUGAACCUAUUGCAUUUAAAUUAGAGCUAACUAAAAGCAAUACUAAUCCUAGGCAAUAUAACAUAGAAUUGUUACUUUUGGAUGCAUUUGAAGUUGAACAUGAAGUUCCUUGUUCUUGUCACAUGACAAAAUGCAUUGUUAUGAAAACAUAUAUAGAAGAAGAACAUAAUGGACCUGGUGAUGAAGAUUUAGAAAAGAAGUGAUAAUUUUUUAAGCUGUUAUAUUUCAUGUAAUUUUUUUGUUAUAAAUAUACAUAUACAUGUAAACGUAGACACAUGCCAUGUGCAAUAAACCUAAAGGCGAAUUUUCUAGAGCA